AUGACGAUUCCAACAAAAGUGACAGCGGCGAAAAAAGAUCAAAACUUGCCAAAAAUUGUGAGUUUUUUUGCUAGAAUUUCGAAAAUGUGACUGGAAAUCCCACCAAAAAUGUCCGAAAACCGAAUUCCCAGUAUUUUUCAGCUGAAAAUAUCAGAUUUCCAGCCUUUUCUAAAGCAAAUAUCAUUUUCAGGAGGUUCCAAAGCUUCCAUCUGUAACUGAUGUCAAAAAUGCGAUUCCGGAACAUUGCUUCGAGAAAAAUGCACUAACUUCUAUCAGAUAUUUGAUUCAGGUAAGAAAAUAAAAUUGAGCAUCUCAGGUUCGAGUUUUUUGAAAAUUUUAAAUUAGCGCCAAAACUGUGGCGUGUUUGGUGUCAAAAUGAUUCUCACAGUCUCCCGAAAUCAUUCCAGGACUACCUAAUUCUCGCCGGUCUCUACCUCGCUCUCCCAACAAUCGAGGCCCAUCUCGGCCUUCUCGGCCUCAUCGCCUGGUACUGGGCUAUGGGAAUCGUUGGCUCAGCCUUGUUCGUCGUAGGCCACGACGCAGGUCACGGCUCAUUUUCCGAUCAUGAGUGGCUCAAUGAUCUCUGCGGACACUUGGCCCACGCUCCGAUCUUAGCACCAUUCUGGCCAUGGCAAAAAUCUCACCGUCAACAUCAUCAAUACACAAGUCAUCUCACAAAAGACAAAGGACAUCCAUGGGUAACAGAAGACGAUUUCAAUAAUCGAACUGUUGUCGAGAAAUACUUCUCAAUGAUUCCACUUUCUGGAUGGUUACGUUGGAAUCCGAUUUAUACAGUAGUUGGGCUUCCAGAUGGCUCGCAUUUCUGGCCAUGGUCCAAACUUUUUGAGACAACUGAAGAUCGUGUGAAAUGUGUGGUUUCGGGUUUGGCAUGCGCGUUCUGCGCGUAUGUGGCUUUUGUGAUUUCUGGAUAUUCGGUUUGGAAUUGGGUUAAAUAUUAUUAUGUGCCAUUGUUGUUCCAAGGAUUGAUUUUGGUUAUUAUCACUUAUUUGCAACAUCAGAAUGAGGAAAUUGAGGUGAGUCAGACAGCUAGAGAUAUACCUCUCUGCGCCUCUAGCUGUAUUGCAUUUCACAUAUAGAAUCGAGGAAGCUAGAGAAUGUUAGACAGCUAUAGAUGUUAAUAUUUUGAGAGAGCGCAGACAGCUAGAGAUUGUUCGAGACACGGAAUAGUUAGACAGCUAGAGCUGAUCGUGUUAUUUUGAGAGAGCCCCGACAUCUAGAGAACGUUCGAGACGCAGAGAAGGUAUUUAGACAGCUACAACAAUAGAUAUUUGUAGAUAGCGCAGACAGCUUGAGAGUUAGAGACACAGAAAAAACAGAAAGUUAGAACCAUAAGAAUUUGAAGACAGCGCAGACCUCUCAAGACAGAGAAAAGUUAGACUGCUAUAGUGGCAAGGAUUUUAAGAGAGUCCAGACGGUUAGAGAGCUAGAGCUAGAGACUAGCGACGCAGACAAACUUUUGUAUCUCCUCAACAAUCCAAUUUGAUUCCAGGUGUACGAACAAGACGAAUGGAACUUCGUCCGCGGUCAAACCCAAACCAUCGACAGAAAAUGGGGUUUCGGACUCGACACAAUCAUGCACAACAUCACCGAUGGUCACGUGGCACAUCACUUCUUCUUCACCCGAAUCCCACACUAUCAUCUACUCGAAGCCACUCCAGCUAUCAAAAAAGCGUUGGAGCCACUCAAAGGCACACAAUAUCGCUACAAAAAUGAGACAAAUUACGAUUGGUUCUUCAAAUAUUUGAAUUAUAAUUUGAAAUUGGACUAUUUGACACAUAAAGCCAAAGGAGUUCUUCAAUAUCGGGUUGGAGUUGAGGCCAAUAAAUCGAAAUAA